GAAUAUGCACCAUUGUUAUCUCUGAUGCCACAUCAUGGUCAUUUUAUUUAUUUAGUCUGAAUAUAAUACAUCUUACAUAUAUCACCUUUAGUAGAUCCUGGCAAAUACAGAAGCAUUGAUAAGUAAAGUUACAGCAAUUAAACUCAUUUGUUACUCAAUGGUAUUUUAUUUAUUCUGUGAGUGUGUGAGGCAGAGGCGACAGAUUUAUGAUGCAGCAGAGAGAGAAAGACGGCGUUGUUUACAUCAAACCUUGACAUUGGACCGUUGUAGCGUCACUCGUGCACAAAGAUGAAAUGAUUUUUAUUCAAAUGAAAUCCUCUGUGUGUGUGUUUGUGUCAGGUCUGUCUCUUGCUGUUCAGCGCUUCUCUCAGUCUCUGCAGGAGUUUCAGUUUGAAUGUAUCGGAGAAGCAGAGACGGACGAUGAAGUCAAUAUAGCUCAGUCAUUAAAGGAGUUCUCACAGCUCCUGAGCACCAUGGAGGAGGAGAGGAAACGACUGAUCCAGAACGCGGACGACGUCCUGAUCUCGCCGCUCGAAAGGUUUCGUAAAGAACAGAUUGGAGCUGUGAAGGAGGGAAAGAAGCAGUUUGACAAGGAGACAGAAAGAUAUUACUCAAUCCUGGAGAAACAUCUCAGCCUCUCCUCCAAAAAGAAGGAGUCACAGCUGCACGAGGCUGACUCACAGAUGAGUAAAGACAGACAGGUGUUCUACGACGCAUCGCUGCAGUACGUCUUCAAGAUCCAAGAAGUGCAGGAGAGGAAGAAGUUUGAAUUUGUAGAACCACUCCUGGCUUUCCUGCAGGGUUUGUUUACCUUCUACCACGAGGGCUACGAGCUGGCCACAGAGUUUGAACCAUACAAGCAGCAGCUUCAGUUCAACCUGCAGAAUGCUCGCAACAACUUUGAAAGUACGCGAGCUGAGGUUGAGCGUCUGAUGAAGAGGAUUCGAUCGGCAGAAGAAGACUUCAAAGCCCCGAGCUGCUUCACCAUGGAGGGAUAUCUGUAUAUACAGGAGAAACGUCCACUGGGCAGCGUGUGGACGCGUUACUACUGUACAUAUGAGAAAAGCUCCAAGAUGUUCACCAUGAGUAACACAGAAGUGAGACAGGCCAGCAGACAGAACGGCCUUGUGAACACAGCUCCUGACAUGUUCAGACUGCGCUCGUGUGUCAGAAGAAAGACGGAUUCUAUCGACAAGCGCUUCUGCUUCGACAUCGAGGUGGUGGAGAGACACGGAGUCAUCACUCUACAAGCUCAGUCUGAGGCAAACAGGCGGCUGUGGAUGGAGGCAAUGGAUGGAAAAGAACCUAUCUACACUCUUCCUUCUUUACUGAGCAGAAAAGAGGAGACAUUUCUUAAUGAAGCUGGUUUCACCUUCGUAAAGAAGUGCAUUGAGCUGGUGGAGAACAGAGGCCUCACCACGCUGGGACUUUACAGGACGGGAGGAGUGAACUCUAAAGUGCAGCGGCUGAUGACGAGCGUGUUUGCGUCCACAGCUCCUGCUGACGUCCAGCUGGACGCGGACGCCUGGGACAACAAGACCAUCACCAGUGGACUGAAGAAUUAUUUCAGGUGUCUGGCAGAACCAGUGCUGACCUACAGACUUCAUAAAGAGUUCAUCAAAGCUGCGAGAUACGACGAGCACAAGCACAGAGUGAGAGCCGUUCACACGCUGGUUCACAAACUGCCAGAGAAAAACCGAGCGAUGUUGGACGUCCUCAGCCGUCACCUCCUCCAAGUUUCCUCUCACAGUGAGCAGAACCUGAUGACCGUGUCAAACCUCGCCAUGAUCUUUGGUCCCACACUGAUGAGGUCACAGGAAGAAACGGUGGCCGCCAUGAUGAACAUCAAGUUCCAGAAUAUCGUGGUGGAAAUUAUUAUUGAAAACCACAACAAGAUCUUCAGUGAAGCUCCGGACGCGUCGCUGCCGUUACCUCAGGCUCCGUCGUCACGAGCGACUCCUCGCAGGAGCAAAGCCAUCUGUCUGUCCUCAGGGAAGAGGAAAGCUCGUCUGUAUCCUCCGGCUCUGUGCCUCGCCGACAACGACAGCGACACAUUCAGUAGCAGCCCAAGCACAACUCCGAUGGGCAGCCGCGAGUCUCUGUCCUCUCACUCGUCAGAGAAGAACGGAUUGUCUCAAACGUCUUCUCCAUCGUCUCCUGCUGCUGAGCCCAGCUCACCCUCUACAGCGCCUGCUUCUCCUCCUGCAGCCUCCUCCUCCUCGUCCUCCUGCUCCCACUCUGUGAAGGAGAAGGAUCAGAAACAGCGAGCAGAUGUUUCUGCCUCUCCUCGUCUCAAUCCUUCCUCUUCCUCCGUGUCCUCCGUGUCCUCUUUACGCAAAGAAAACUCCACUGCCUCCUUGUUGUCGAUUGAAGAGCCAAGAUCUCCGUCCAGAGCGUCCACCACCUCUACCCAGCAUGCAUCAUUGGGGCAGGCGUCCUCUCUCAGGAGUGUUCAGUCCAGCGGUGUCUCCACAGUCAGAGACUCCACCUCGCCCUCGCGGCAGCGCAGGCCUUACAGGUCCGCCUCCUCCUCCUCGUCCUCCUCCUCUUCAUUGUUUCCAUACCAGAUCUCCACGUCGUCCUCGCUCACCUCCCUUCACAUCUCUGAGGAUUACCGGAGUUGUCAUGGAUCAGUUCAGAGUCUGAUGUCUCUGGAUCCCCACGCACACACACACACAUGCAAAGCUUCACACGUGCGACGUGGCUCUGACGUGACUGCCAAACAUUCUGCAGCCACAAGCAAUGGUUACCAGAGACCUGGAUCAGUAUCAUCAGUGACUGGAGUGCAGAGGGAGAGUUCAGUCUUCUCCUCAGCGUUAGACAUUUGCUCCUCAGGACGUGAGGCAAAGGCUCUUUAUUCAUGUGAGGCAGAGCACAGCCAUGAGCUCAGCUUUCCACAGGGGGCGCUGUUCACAAAUGUUUACCCGUCUGUGGAGCCCGGCUGGCUUCAGGCCACGUACAACGGUAAAACCGGCCUCGUACCUGAAAACUACAUCAGCUACACCUGAUGACAUCAUCAGAUACACCUGAUGACAUCAUGAUGAGAGUGAGGAUCAGACGUAGAUGUUAGGAUGUAACUUGUGUAACAUUAAUUCAGUGCUGCUGAUCAUAGACAUAAUAUAUUUAACCUGUGAUUGAACAGUUAGUACGUCAGACACUGUGAUUAUCCUGUGAUGAUCAUGUGAUGAUCCUGUGAUGAUCCUGUGAUGAUCCUGUGAUGAUCAUGUGAUUAUCA